AUGUCACCUCCAAAGAAGAAGCCAAGAUGUGAUGUGAAUUUUGGUGGAAAUAAUUGCGGUAUUAAAGAGGAACCAUCAUCAAAAUAUUCCGGAUUUGGUUGUAAAAUCGAUGGUGGAUACUGGAAAGAAAUCGUAACCUAUGAUAAUGCUAUCGAGUUUGGUGAUGAUUAUACAAAAUAUCAUAGAUUAUUAGAUAAUCGGGUAUUUAUUCAUAGAUUAUUUCAAGAUGGAAAAGAUCAUAAAAUUGAAUGGAAAGACUCUUCUAGUAAAAUACUUGGUUACUUCAUAUAUAGUUUCCGUUUAGUUUCUUAUCAUGGAUCAGAACCUCUCCGAAUCAAUGGCCCAGCUGGUAAGGGUAAAGUAAAACUUCAGAAAUUACUCAAACCAAUGAAAAUUCGAUUACUCUUGUUGAGAAUAUGCGAUCAUGAAAUAAUUAAGAAAACAAAUAUCGAUAUUAAAGAUAUUGUUUCCGAUAUUAAGGAUUUUAACGGUUCGAAAGUUGAUGAUAGAUUUGAAAUAAUAGAAGAUGAGACAAAAGUAGUCAAAUGUUCAGAAGAAUGCUCAUUUACUAUUUCUGAAACUGUUAAUUUCUGUAUAGAUUUUAACGGGAUUAAAGAUUGUAUAGUAGAUGAUGAUGAUGAUAAUUACGAUUUUGGAAUAGAGAGAGACUUAACAGUUGGUAAUAUAGGAAUAUCAGCAUUUUAUGAUAAUUUAUUUAUUAUUAUGGCUGAAUUAUAUCAAAAUGAUUAUGGACAAGCAGCCAGUACGACGAAAUUGACCAAAGACAUCGUCAAACAACAAAAUUACAAUAAAGACAAAACACAUAAUAUCGUUAAUCUGAUAAACGCUGCUAUUCAAAAUAUUGAUGAAUAUAAAAUGAUUACUGGAAAAAAACCCAAUGAAAAUUAUUUAUCUUAUAAUGAUAUUAGAGAAAAAAUGAUCAAAGAAACCAAUGUUAAUAGAUUACAAGAUAAUGGUUAUUGGAGCAAGAUAAUAAGAAAUAAUAAGUUUCCUGAAUUACAAAAAUUGAGACGAGCAAUACUAAAAUCUAAACAGAAAGAUGAAAUUAAAACCGAAUCUCAAACAAUUAAACAAGAACCAAAUAAUGAAAUAAAGAUCAAAAAAGAAGAAAUUGAAAACAGUGAAUUUAAAGGCAAUUUCAAACAACCAAAACAAGAAGUCAAAUUACCAGUAGAUGAAAAAGUCGAAUUCGAUAAUGAGCAAAAUACAAAAGAUAUUAAACAGAAAGCUGAAUUAUUAGUGGUUAAUGAGAUUGAUUAUUAUGAAUCCGAACAAAAAGUUGAAUUAUUAAUGGUCAACGAGGAUAAAGUAGUCGAAUUCGAUAAUGAGCAAAAUAUGAAAGAUAUUGAGAAAGCUAAAUCAUUAGUG